AUGGCUUCUCGCAGUUCAAAUUUAAGCAUUGCCAUCUCGAAGGCUAUUAUAUCCUUGACAAUCGCCGAGGAUUCGGACAAGAACGUCGCUUAUGACAACAUUCAUGUCGAGUUACAGGUGAUCAUUGAGCCUUCAGUUAAUCUUUUAUUUAGCGUCAACAACAAGCGCAAAAUAAUUGAAAAACGUCCUACAAAUGAGCCGCCGACCCUUCAUCAUAAAUUCAAAAAACUUGGUGUUAUUGCUGGCAAGCCAUUUAGGUAUAUUAUACCUCCAGACGCUUUUACCGAUUUAGAAGAUGGAAGUAAUUUAACUUAUACUGUCUUUAAAUCCGAACACGUCCCGCUCAGUCAAGAAUCUUGGCUACAGUUUAAUUCCAAUGAACGAAUAUUAUAUGGAUUGCCGCUAAUAGAGCACGUGGAUCGAUGGAACUAUAUCAUAGAAGCGAAGGAUAGCGACGGUGGUACCGCUCAAGGUACGCUUGAUAUCAGAGUGCAAUUACAUAGAAGAACGCGUAAUAACAAUCAUCAAUUUACCAUGAAAGUUAAACCCCUUAAACGUUUUCAAAAUACCAUUGACUGGCAAAUACGAGCGUUGGAAGGAAUCGCGAAUAUUCACAAGGACGCUAAUUUUGAUCAUUUGUUAGUACUAAACGUUACACAAAUCGGUGAUGUGUAUGAAUUUACGUGGAUGAAUGAUACACUACCCCAAUAUCCCUGUCCGGUAAAUGAUAUCAAGAAGCUUAUGAAGGUUAUGGAAUCAGAGACAGAACAUGGUAGUCCAUCGUCAGAUUUAAUUAAUGCGAUGACCCCUGAUCUCCAAGUAUUGGAAAUCACGUGGCGCGGGACUGGGCAAUGCGCUACUAUAGAGCCGAUAACACCAAACGUAUCAGUCAAUUACCCGCCCAUUUUGCGCAAUACUAUCGACCACUUAACUGCCAGGGUCGGACAUCUACUUGUAUACAGAGUGCCUGAGGACACAUUCUUUGACCCGGAGGAUGGCAGCACUCGGAGUUUGCAUUUAUCUCUUAGAUUUAGUGAUAACUCUCCAAUUCCGUCAAACCACUGGUUACAGUUUGAUGCACAGAAACAAGAGUUAUCUGGUGUGCCCUCGCCGAACGACGUAAAUGACGUAAAUUAUGUGCUGGUAUGA